AUGUCAUGCACUCAAACCCUCGAGGAUGAUUCACGUUUUGUAUUGACGCAUUAUUCUGCAGGACCCAUUGCGACAACACGAGCAUUGAACACGCAUGUGACAGCGGACAGCCUUCCUAGUUGCGAUCAGGAAUCGCUCCCCCAGACCCUCCGACCUCCGCCAGUGAUAUACCCCAAAGCGGUGGGGAAACGGACACCGUGGACCCGUGAGCGCAUUAUAGACAAUGGAGACCAUGGAAAACCAAGCAUACCCGGAGUCUCCCAUGGAGCAGGAGGAGUCCUAUCCCUGCAAGGGCUGUGGAGAGCUGGAAAUCGGUGGCAUAUCGACUGUUUCCGAUGCAGCACUUGCAGCACCUUGCUCGACUCCGAUGCGCACCUUCUACUGCUGGGAGAUGGCUCCCUCAUUUGUAGCAACUGCACCUACAGCUGCAGCUCCUGUAACAACAAGAUUGAAGACUUGGCGAUCUUGACCGGAGAUCAAGCGUUUUGCGCGCAAUGUUUCCGAUGCCGAAACUGCAAGAGGAAGAUCGAGAACUUACGAUAUGCGCGCACAUCACAAGGAAUCUUCUGUAUGGAGUGUCAUGAGUCCCUGAUGGCCAGAAGGAGGAAACGAAAAGCGGGUGGCAGUAGUGGGAAGAGACCGGCAGGGCCCAAUGUGAAGCUGGAUAAAUCUUUGCCCUCGCUGCCUCCUCAUCUGCUCGAGGAAGCGCAAGUAGCGGAUGAAUCGCCCAGUGAAUAUACCGGGACACCAGACCCGAACCGAGUGGCCGGAACGCCUGAUCUCGAUGAAAGACCGGAAAGUUCAAGGUCCAACCAGGUCGACACAGGUACGCGCUCCCUAUUCCCUCUGAAUAAAGAUCAGUGCAUAGCAUUGUGCAUUGUACCUGAUUGGUUUGUUGAUAACCUCAUUCUCCCCUCCAGCACAUAUCGCAGUAGUCGUCAAUCCAUGACACGCAACACUGAUUCCGAGGGAGGAGAGUUGUUAAUUCCACUUGCGUUUGAUCCUUCGGCGGAAGGUCGUUCAUCACGGGGUCACUCGCAGACACGGCAGGAGGACUACUUUGGCCAAGUGCGAUCUGAGUCUUCUCUUCCAACUUCCCAACGCGAAUAUCUCCAAGAACCCCCUUCUCGAACCUCGUCUGAAAACCCGUCUCCUCAUAUCGCCUACCAGGAAAAGAACUGGGAACGGAACGAGGGCAAUUCAGACAAACCCCAAACACUGGACUCAUCCAAAUAUUCAAAGGAGAGCUCUACCCGCACUUCAUCCGAUAUUCCAUCCAGUCAAAGGGAAACGAACAACGUAUCCCGGGUCAGUGCUGAAAGUAGCAGGCCGAGGGAAAUGGCCGAUGCGAAACGGCCUACCCCUUUGGAAAGUGUGACUUCUGCCCCGGCUCGUCCAUCAAGCGAACUUCGUCGUCUACACGACCACGGGUCAAGGGAAUCAGCUUACUCCCAGUCUUCUAAUAUCCCCAAUCUGCCGAAGCGUGGGGAUUCGCUCGAGGGUAAACAUCACCAGAUUCCAAGGAAGGAGGUUGGCGCGUCGCCCUCAUCAUCUCAUUAUGGCGACUCCCCCCUGCUCCGCGGCGACACCUUCGAACAACCGACUCAGUCAACCCCAAUGAAGACAUCACACCCCGAUUCCGCCCCAUCGGAAGGCGCCGGUUCGCCCUCCUUGCUGCGUUAUCACAGUGGCGGUGAAUUCUCAAUGGACGAGGAACUGUCGCGUAUUAUCAACCAAGAUGACUCUGCCGGCCCAGGAAGCGAUUCGUUCCUCAGACGGGUCUCCAACUCUGUGCGCCAUGGUCGAAGCUUUAGCGAGAAGAGUGUGCGUACAGGUAGAAUCGAUACCAAUGCUCGAUCCCGCGGAGGAAGCAUUGCUGGCACAGAUGUUGGCAGCCCGAUCGCCAGCUCUCAGAGCGAAGAGAUCUCCUGGCUUCGGAAUGAAUUGCGCAAGGAGAAGCAACGCGUGGCAGAGUUGGAGGCAGCUGCCCGUGCUACUGCCGAUGUCAAACAGGUCAACACCGAACUUUCCGAGAAGCGAUCCACCAUGGUGGUUCUCGACGCCCAGCGCGAGAUUGUCCUCCGUGAACUGACAGUGCUCACCGAUCACAUGGAAGCCGAGAAGCGCGGUGGAACUAGCGGACCAUUGGAUCUUGGAAAACUCUCGAAUCAAGUUCUACGUGAGCUUGCAGAGUCUAUCCAAAAGCUCAAGGAAUCUUAUGCCCCGCAAAUUGAGGGCUUGAUCCAGAAGCGCAAUGACCUGUCCAAAGAACUCGACGAGAUGAACACUAAAAAGGAAAAGAGUUUCCAGGAGUUCGAGCAACUUUCUAUGAAGAAUGCUCAACUGGCUGAGCUGAACAAUCAAUUGGUUCACCAAAUUCAAGAACUCUACAAGGCCACCGACGGCCAACCGCGAUCGGACGGCUUGGGCAUCUCUCACAGCAAAGAGAAGUCAACGACCUCCAUAGAAGUCAUGAAGCCUGGGUCCCAUGAUCUCCACCCUUCGGUCGUCUCAACUACCCAUAUUCACGAAGACUCCGAGCCCGCUACCGCCACCGUUGUCCCAGGCCCCCAGGUCGUUAGUAUCCGGAAAGGUCAGCCCCGCAAGUUCAACUGGAAGAAAGGUGGUCAGAACGUUGCCAAGGGUGUCAAGGGUCUCAAGGGAGCCUUCAUGGGCAGCGAAGGACAAGAGGGUACCGGCAGUCUUCCCCGCUCUCAGACUCAAGAUCCUAGCCGCCAAGGAUUUGGAUUCUUUGGCAACCAAAGGAGCAAGCAGGGUGGAAAGAUGUCACAAGCUGACAGCGUGCCUGUUCUGGCUGAGGCUGCUCCCAGUACUGGUAGUGGUGCUCUCUUCGGCACUGACCUUGAGGUUCGCAUGGAACACGAGAAGAGUAUCAUUCCUUUCAUUGUCACGCGGUGUAUCCAAGAGGUUGAAUUGCGAGGCAUUGACAUGGAGGGCAUUUACCGCAAGUCUGGCGCUGCUUCUGUGAUUCAAACCAUCCGCGAGGGCUUCGAGCGCUCUCCCUUUGAGUAUGAUAUCUCUGACCCUGACCUCGACAUCCACGCGGUCACAUCUACCCUGAAGCAGUAUUUCCGAAAGCUGCCCAACCCCUUGAUCACGUACGAGGUCUACGAGCUGGUGAUUGAUUCUGGUGAAGUCAACCCUGUCUCUGCACGUAUUGAGCUACUCCAGAAGAGCCUGCUUGAGUUGCCUCCUGUGCACCGCGAUGUUUUGGAGUUCCUCGUUUUCCAUCUCCGACGGGUGGUUGAUCGCCAUGCCGAAAACUUGAUGACCUUCCAGAAUGUUGCAGUGGUGUUUGCACCGACCAUCAUGCGGCCCGAGAGCCUUGCCCGUGAAAUGACUGACGUUCAAAAGAAGAAUGAUGUGCUCAAAUUCCUGGUGGAGAACUGCCAGGAAAUCUUCAUGGGCAUGCAGGGUUAA